AUGGAGAAGCCCAAAUCAGUAAUCAUCGUCGGUGCCGGAGCCGGAGGUGUCGCUCUUGCGGCUCGCCUGGCCAAGGCUGGCUUGAAAGCGACAGUCGUGGAGAAGAACGACUUCACCGGCGGUCGCUGUUCGCUCAUCCACCACGAUGGCUACCGCUUCGACCAGGGACCUUCCCUGUUCCUUCUCCCGCAGCUCUUCCGCGAGACCUUUGCGGAUCUGGGGACCACGAUGCCCGACAGUGGCGUGGAUCUUCUGCGCUGCGAGACAAACUACAAUGUCUACUUCCAUGACGGCGCUCGCUUUCAGCACAGCUCAGACCUGGCCGCAAUGCGCGCCGAGAUUGAGCGCUGGGAGGGCCCCGAGGGCUUUGAGCGCUGGGUGGCCUGGCUCCAGGAGGGCCACAGACACUAUGAGAUCUCCGUGAGGGAGGUGCUGAAGAAGAACUUUAUGAACUUCUGGGAUAUGGCGCGCCCGAGUUUCCUCUCCAAGAUCCUCGACAUGCACCCUUUUGAGAGCAUCUGGGCUCGGGCUGGCAGAUAUUUCUACACCGAGAGGUUAAGGAGAGUCUUCACUUUUGCUACCAUGUAUAUGGGCAUGAGCCCGUUUGACGCCCCGGCCACGUACUCUCUUCUUCAGUACACGGAGUUCGCCGAGGGUAUCUGGUAUCCCAAGGGUGGCUUCCAUACGGUCGUUGAUGCCCUGGUCAAGAUUGGGGAGAGGUAUGGAGUCGAAUACAGGCUCUCUUCCCCAGUCUCCAAAGUCCUGACCUCCCCCGAUGGGAAGAAGGCAUCUGGUGUUCUGCUUGAGGGCGGAGAGACGCUGUCGGCCGACGUUGUUGUACUCAAUGCCGACCUGGUCUACUCCUACAGCAACCUUCUUCCCCGCUCCCCUCAAAUUGAAUCUCGCAGCAAAAGUCUCCAGAAGAAAGACGCAUCCUGCAGCUCAAUUUCGUUCUACUGGAGCUUGGAUCGCAAGGUCCCGGAGCUUUCCACCCACAACAUCUUCCUCGCCGAGCAGUAUCAUGAGUCCUUUGAAUCCAUCUUCACCAAGCACGAACUCCCCGAUGAGCCCAGCUUCUACGUCCACGUUCCCAGCAGGGUGGACCCAACCGCCGCUCCCGAGGGGCGCGACAGCGUGAUAUGCCUGGUCCCUGUCGGGCACCUCUCCCGCUCAAAGGGCGUCAACGCCGCAGACGGGGGCCUCCCCGAGGACGAGCAGCAAUGGGACCAGAUCGUGCAGCGCGCCCGCUCAUCCAUCCUAGAGACGAUGAACAAGCGUCUCGGGCUGAAACGGCCGCUCGAGGACUCCAUCUCGCACGAGAUUGUCAACACUCCCCUGAUCUGGGAGAACAAGUUCAACCUGGACAAGGGGGCCAUUCUCGGCCUGGGGCACAAUUUCUUCAACGUGCUCUGGUUCCGCCCCAAGACCAAGGCGCCCGAGCUGGGGUCGACUUACUUCGUCGGCGCCAGCACGCACCCCGGGACCGGUGUGCCCAUUGUCCUGGCGGGUGCCAAGAUCACGGCAGAGCAGAUUCUCGGUGAUCUGAGGAUGGAGGCUCCCUGGCCCCACGACCAUCGCAAGGGCCAGGGGUUGUCCAAGUUCAUGGAUGGACAGAGCUACACGUGGUUCAAGUUUGGCACGGAGGAGUUUACAGUGGCGGCACUCGUAGGGGCAUUGGCAAUCUUGUUACUGCUCAUCGUGCCGUACUUCUUUGGAUUUGCGCUCAGGGCAAUCUAA